AAUAUUGGAACCGUGAUCCAAACAUGUGGGGCAGUUUAAAUGACUGGAAUAUAUAUUUUAUUGAAAAAGUAAACCGAUUCACAAAACACGAUUCAUAUCGUUCAUUGUAUUUUGAACUUAAUAUACUUCUUACGGAUUUUCCGGAGCAUAUUACCGUGCCCUGCGGUUGUUAUCGAGCAACUACGGUUGCAGAAGGCAAAAUGUUUUUGCCCGAAGUGGGAAGUAUGUUAUGGUCUGGAUUUCCAAAUCCCAUCAUAAUAUGCGUUGAAGGCAAGAUGUUUUCUUGCCCGAAGUGGGAA